UUUUUAGGGUUUUUGUUGCUUCUCUUGUCGUCCCACUUAACCGUUCAUUUUGUCGUCCGUUCAUUUUUGUUGUUAAAUAUAAAGAAAAAUAUAAUUUAUAUAAACGUUCCUUGUCAAUUUUUUUGAAGGCUACUUUUCUGCAAAUUAAUUGCUCAUUCGGCCAAAUAAGCAAAUAAAAGAAAGAAAAGUUUUUUUUUGAUGGAAAAUUUUUGGGGGUUUUUGGGGGGUUUUAACAGAUAUAAAUGAAAAGGACAAGAGACCGCUUCGUUCUUUUCAAACCGGUUCUUGUUUCCAUUUUUCUCUCCCUUUCUAAAGUUAUUCUUCUUAACCAUCCUUUUUUGCCGUCCCACAUUCCAACCAUCCGGCAAUAAUAUUUUUACCGUUAAUAUAUUCUUUUUUCUCCCAAAUAUUUUCUUGACAGUCCCCGCCUGUUUUUAAUUUUUUUAUUCUUUAAUUUUUUUUUAUUAAUUUGAGAAACAGUAAAAAUAGCUUUAAUAGAGAAGAAAUUCCAAAAUAGUUUUAUGUUCCCCCUCCCCUUAUAAUGAUGACGCAUUUUAAAUUGCCUUUAAAAGGCUGAGCUCAGAGGCAAUAUUCAGCCACAGUUGUUUUAAAUGAAGCGUUUUCUAAUUUAAUUUAUUUAAUAAUUACGAAAAUUACUUUUGAGAGAAAUAUUCUCAGACAAAAUUUUCUUACCAUUUCGAUCUUUUUUCGAAAAAUUUUGAAAUUUUUAAAAAAUUUCAGAAAAAUGGAUUCGUCUGCCGCAUACGAUUACGACAAGCAACAAUUAAGACGGGAGGCCGAAUCUUUACGGGCACUCGCUAUUUUUGGUGUUUGUCUUUCAACUGUAGCUACCUUAAUUUGUGUAAUGUCAAUUCCACUUUCUUCUUUAUAUUUCCAACAAAUGGGGUCUUCAUUACAAGGAGAACUUGAUUUUUGUAAAUCGAGAAGUGGAAAUAUUUGGCAAGAAGUGACAAGGACACAAGUUCUUUCUGCUCCAAGCAGAGGACCACGUAGCACCCGAGCUGCAUCUACAAGCGGAGGUGAAUGCUGUGGUUGCGGCGUUUCUCCACGUGGACCACCUGGACCUCGCGGUGAACCUGGAAAGGACGGAUCAGAUGGACGACCUGGAGCAAAUGGAGAGCCAGGAAUUGACGCUGGACCACCACCCACUGUACUUCUUGCCGAGCCAUGCCAGACUUGUGAAGCUCCAAUUCAUGGACAGCCAGGACCAAGAGGACCACCCGGAUCUGAUGGGAAAGAAGGAGAGCCAGGAAUUGAUGGUGAUGGCGGACCACGAGGACCACCUGGACCAGAAGGACCACCUGGACCUGACGGAGAACCAGGCUCAGACGGAGAGCAAGGACCACCUGGAGAACCCGGAGUUGUCAAGGAAGGACCUCCAGUUCAAGGACCCCCCGGAGAACCAGGACCCGAUGGAGAGCCGGGAGCACCUGGAGAGCCUGGAGCCCCAGGCAAGCCCGGUUUUGCUGGUCCACAAGGAGCCCCUGGAGAUGGUGGAUAUCCUGGCCAACCUGGAAAGCCAGGAGGAAAUGGACAGAAAGGACAAGGAGGACAGAAGGGUCCAAAUGGUGCUUGCGAUCAUUGUCCACCUGCCCGAACAGCGCCAGGAUAUUAA